UGUACAUAUCCUGCUCACUCGCUUUGCUUGUUCACACAUGCACUCUGCCUCCCGCUGCACACACACACACACGCUGACCUUCUCUCCUGGUCUUUACCUGGACUAACGGGGGAGUUUGGACCGGAGAGUCUGAGUUUUUGGCAGCAGCGUCGAUCCGUUAGUCGAGCCGCUGCCAGUCGUUUUGUUUUCUUUUUGCUUUUGCUGUUUGGACAAUCGGAGUGAGUUUUUCCAUCCUCAGGUCUCGCCGCUGCUUCUCCGGACACUGACGACUCGCUCGGCAGGAUGACAUGGCGUCCUCAGUACCGCAGCUCCAAGUUUCGCCACGUGUUCGGGAAAGCUGCCACUAAGGAGAACUGCUACGAUGGCGUGCCGAUCACACGCAGCGUCCAGGACAACCACUUCUGCGCCGUCAACCCUCGCUUCGUCGCCAUCAUCACAGAGUGCGCCGGGGGCGGAGCCUUCCUGGUUGUGUCCAUCCAUCAUAUAGGUAAAGUGGACCCUCAUUACCCUCGAGUGUCGGGCCACAAAGGAAAUGUUCUGGACAUCAAAUGGAAUCCGUUCAAUGAUUACUGCAUCGCCUCCUGCUCCGAGGACACCACGGUGAAAGUUUGGGAAAUCCCGCCUGACGGUGUGCGUAAGACCCUGACAGUGCCGUGGAAAGAGCUGCAGGGUCACAGCCGCAGGGUGGGCAUCAUCGAGUGGCAUCCGACGGCUAACAACAUCCUCUUCAGCACCGCCUACGACUACCAGGUGAUGAUCUGGAACCUGGACUCUCCAGAGCAGGUGAUAAAGAACCCCGUUCGGACCAUCAAGCACCACACAGACGUCGUCUUGUCCAUGUCUUUCAACACGGAUGGGAGCCUCCUGGCCACCACCUGCAGGGACAGGAAGAUCCGGCUGAUGGAGGCGCGCUCAGGGAAUAUGCUGCAGGAAGGAAACUGCAAGACACACAAAGCCAGUAAGGUGCUGAUUUUAGGAAACAUGAAGAUGAUCUUCACAUCCGGCACUUCACGCUACAACAGUCGACAGAUUGUCCUGUGGGAUCAGGACGACUUGUCGACGCCUUUAUUGGAGGAGAACCUGGAUGGAUCCUCAGGUCUUCUGUUCCCAUUCUACGAUCCUGACACACACAUGCUGUACCUUGCUGGGAAGGGGGACGGAAGCAUCAGGUACUACGAGAUCAGCUCAGAAAAACCGUUCAUCCAGUACCUGAUGGAGUACCGCUCACACACUCCUCAGAAAGGAAUGGGUGUGAUGCCUAAGAGAGGCCUGGAUGUCAGCUCCUGUGAGGUUUUCAGGUUCUACAAAGUGGUGACAGUCAAGAGUCUCAUUGAGCCCGUUUCCAUGAUCGUACCCCGCAGGUCUGAGUCGUACCAGGAAGACAUCUAUCCGAUGACGGCCAGUAAUAGACCAGCUCUGACUGCAGACGAGUGGCUCAGUGGGGUCGAUAAAGGUCCGAUUCUCAUGUCUCUGAAGCCCGGGAGUGAACUGCCAGAGCCGCCGUCAGAGACGAAGGCGCUAGCCAACUCCGUGGACCCUCGCAGGUCUCGGAGCCGGCCCGGAAUGCUGCAGCUUUCCUACAUUCAGGACCAACAGGAAGCCAAAGAAACGAGUGACCAGGUCGAAGACGACCGCGGUCAAACGCCUGUGAUCAACGGGGAGGACCUGGCGCUUUGCUCGCCUCCCAGGACAGAAAACGAACUGCGUCUGAAGUUCCUGAAGCAGCAGGAGGAGAUCCGGCGGCUGAGGGAGCUCCUCAACCAGAGGGAUGUGCGCGUCAAGCAGCUCGAGCUGGAGAUUAAGAACAUCAAGAACUCCCAGACGCAGAGCUAACUUUUAUGAGCGUCCCGGUUUGCCCCACGGCGCUGAGCGGGACAAAUCUGGGAAUCAGAAACGCCUCGUUCUUUAAAACUUCCUGGCUCUCCCGAGACUCAAACCUCGACCUUCAGCCAACACUUGGUGCACAUAUUCUUUGCUCGUGUACAUAAACUUUUUACCUUUGCCCUGUUUCUUUUAUACACUUCACUGCUAUGCAAGUUUACUGUAAUAUUUUUAGCUUUUAUUUUUUAACAGAUGUUUGAGCCUGAGCCGAAAAUGCUGAAUUUAUUUUGUGUGCUUGAUUUAUUUUUUUUCUCCUGUAUUUAAACUGCUGUAAGUGAAUGAAUGUGAACGAGCUAAACGAAUGACCUGCCUGUUGAACCCGAGCUCUGCCUGUCUAUAAGCCACAGAUCGCUUUAUUACAGCUUUUAUCUGGAAACAGAUAAAUUUUAAUGUGUACACUAAAUCUGAUGCCAUGUAUGAGUUUUAACCCUAAUUUUUAUAUUUAUUUUGAAAUGCGGGCAGGGAAUACACAUUUUAAUCAGGAAUUUUAAUUCUAGGAUGUGAUUUAUUUGGCAAAUAUAUGAAGAUGAAAAUUAACCAAAUGCUAUUUUUAUUUUUUUGCUGUGAAAAACUUAAUGACUUAUGAUUGUCUCCUUUCAUUUUUGCGGGGUAUAUGUUUUUUAUUUGACAGUUUUAAGGUUAAACACCAAAUCCGCAAAGAACAAUAACUUCCUGAUGAGGUUUAAGUAACAUAAGGAGGGAAGUUUCUAUCAUGAGUUUCUGCUUACAGUCAAUGAAAACACAAUUUUUAAGAUUAGAAAAUUACAUCAGACCAAUAAAAAACGUUUUAAUACAAAAAUGUGAGCUAAAACUGCUUAAUUCAUCCAUCCAUCCAUCCAUUUUCUAACACCCUUGAGCCGGGUGGGGUCGGGAGGUGUUCUGGUGCCUAUCUCCAGCGUUCCGGGCGAGAGGAGGGGUCACUCUGGACAGGUCACCAGUCUGUCGCUUAAAAUCAUCUUAAAUGUAAUGUUCAAAAGGUGCUUUUGACCCAGUAAAUGAGGAAUAUAUAGUCUGUUUUAAUUUAUUUUAUAUAACUAUAUUUUUUGUUUUCCUUGGUAGUUUUCUUAUGUGUUUUAAGACACUGGAUUGCAGCAAAUGCAUACAAAACAAAUAUGUUUGUCUGUUUUUAACAGAUUUUUAUUUAGGAAAUUCAUUACUAAAUGGCACCAAACAAAAGUUUUAAAUCACAAAGAUAAGUUAUAAAAUGAUAGAUUUUUCCUGUAAUCUUUUUUUAAAUUUGAUAGACUUUGGUUUAGCUAAUUUUAUGUCCUGUUAAAUCCAAAUUCUCAGGAUCAGCCUUGUUUAGGGCACUAAAUGCAAUCCAGACUGUUGAUGCAUGAUAAAAGAAGACUGUUUCUUAAUUUCCAUGGAGAGGAUUAAGGAUGACUGUGAUCAUGCAUGGUCAGUAAAGGGUUACAUGUGCUGCUAAUCUCAACGAAUGAGCCAGUGUCCCGUCAGCACAUAGCAGAAAAUUGCAACAAAACAGUUCAAAUGUGAGUUUUAUCCUCCGUGGCCAACAUUUUGUUUUAAUGAAUCAGUUUUUAUCUUGAAUAAUCCGUCAGGUUUUGCUGUAUUUUUGUGUCUCAUUUCACAGACAAAACCUUAACACUCCGUCUGCUUCGGUUGGUUUUUAUGAAUCUGAAACAAUUUCUGCAUACAUGUGUCGUAAUCUCUUAUUUUUCCACAAUUUACGGUAGUUUAGCAGCCUUUUUUUAAGUACGCUUAUAAAAGGCUCACUUUCUCAGCAUGAAAAUGACCAAAAUGCAAAACUUUUAUUUAUAAAUAUAUUGAUAAACGUGUUACGUUUUUGUCUUCUUACUUGGUACUGCCCCCUUACUUUUUAUACCCUUUCUUACGCUUGGGGCUAAAAAUCGGAGCUAACUCGCUACCUAGCUACUUUUGCUGCACUUAGCGCCGUUGUUUGCGCAUGCGCACUGACAAGUACUCGAAAAAGUCCCUUCGUUGUAAUGGCGGCUGGUGAACGAGUGAAGAAAACACCAACUGUGAAGGGACAAAUGAUGGGCUAACGUCUAUUUUUUGUUAAUAUCCAGUUUACCCACACCAUCUUUGAUCAUCUGGUAGAUCGCAAUCAGCUCUAGUUUAGUUUGGCAGGACUUGAAGAAUGCCAAGAAGCCAUAGAAAAGGACGUUUUUCGGCCACUUCCCAAACUGAUGUCAGCUAAGAUGAUUAGCCUGGCCAACGCCUUUCCAUGCACUUCCGCUCCCCAAUGACAGAUUAAAGGAUUUGUCCAACAUGCAUGAAAUAAUCACAGUAACUUCAGGUAUGUUUCUGGUCAGGAAAGAACAUUGAUUUAACAUUUUGAAGAAUGUCAUUUUAAAUUAUACCCUCACCUUUAAAAUGUAUUUAAACGCUUUUCUCUUUUCAUUCAAAAAUAUUG